ACGAAGCGAACCACAUUUAAUAAAAGCCAAAAUUUCAUUGGGUGCCACAUCCCCCACUCGUUCUAUGCUGCGUCCGCCACUGGUACUAACAUGUUUGUGAAAAAGCCUUGACUGCAUGUGCUUUCCAUUGCAGCCAUCGGGCGGGCGGGUUAAUGAAGAGUUUGCAGAAACAGUCAUGGAGAAGUGGCGUGAGGCUGGGGCUUCCCUGUUUGGAGGCUGCUGCAGAACUACUCCAAAUACCAUAAGGGCAAUAUCUAAGGCUCUUUCUAGUUUCUAACAAGCCUUUUCUGCAGUUAACCACGCUUAGUUGAGUUCUGAAAGUGAGAUGUAAAUACUUGUAACCGUUGCUAAGAAUAAGGGCAUGUGUCUUUUUCAUUUCCUUGUUUUGUAACUCCAAGGAAGUAGCAAAUUACUAUCACCAUGGUGCUGCUGCUGUAUGGUGAAUGGUGAGGUUGUUUCACAUCGAAUAACAGUGUUUUUGUUACAUUUCGAAGUUAAAUUUCACGAGAAUUCCUUAGUGUCCUUCAAGAUUAAAUGUAAUUUCCUCCAUAGAAAAUACAUCGAACCCAAACAAAGUGUAAGCAUUAGACUAGAUAAUUUCCUUGUUCUGUCAAGCAUCGAAGUAUUGAUUUUUAAAGUCUUCAAAGUCAUCGCCUCUGAAAUAAUUAAGAAAGAGAAAAAGAAACAAAAAGUCUUCCAAGAUAAUUUAGUCCAAGUCCGAAAAGACAAAAUGAAAAGAGGAACUUCUUGGCAAGUGCGCCUCGAUCGUGAGUGUACACUCACAGAGAAAUUGCAAAGAAAGAAGAGCAAGGCUCAUAGAGUAGUCCAUUUUCAACCUCACAUUCACAUUACAGCAGGCACCAAGAAGCUAUCUACUUGAGAGUUGAGAUCUCAGAAGCCAGACCUACAAUGCAAAAGCACUCUAGGAAGGCAACAUUCAACAGAUCGAGCAAAGCAAGCGGAAUAUGACUUCUCUCACCAAUGAAGCAGCCAGUUCUUCAUCUUCUUCUCUCCCUCUUUCUUCUGCUGACCAAAAUCAUUACACAUACGAGGUGUUCCUAAGUUUUCGAGGCGAGGAUACGCGUUCUAGUUUUACAGAUCAUCUGCACACUGCUUUGGAUGACAGGGGAAUUAAAACCUUCAUAGAUGAUGAGCUUCCUAGAGGAGAAGAAAUAUCAGCGGCUCUUGUCAAAGCAAUUGAGGAGUCCAGAGUUUCAAUCAUUGUCUUCUCUCAAAAUUAUGCUUCGUCAAGGUGGUGCUUAGAUGAGCUAGUCAAGAUACUUGAAUGCAGAAAAUCCAAAGGACAGGAGGUUAGACCUGUAUUUUACAAGGUUGAUCCCUCAGACGUAAGACACCAAAGUGGUGCUUUCGGUGAGGCAUUUGCUACGCUUGAUCAAUGCAAAUACAAGGAUAGCAUGGACAAAUGGAAGGCAGCUCUCAAGGAAGCAGCAGAUUUGUCUGGAUGGCCUUUCAAUGAUGGCCAGUCCGAGAGUAAAUUUAUCAAGAAGAUUAUUGGGGAGUUGUCCGCCCGAGUAGUGAACCCUUCAUGUGAGUUGCACGUUACUGAACAUCCAAUUGGAUUAGAGUCUUGUAGACAAGAUGUCAUCAGACUUUUACUUGCCGAGGAAAAUAUUGAGGAAAAUAAUGAGGAAAAUAUUGUUCGCAUGGUUGGCAUUUGGGGGCCCGGAGGAAUAGGAAAAACCACAAUUGCAAAAGAUGUAUUUAACUCAAUUCGCCAUAUGUUUGCAUGUAGUUGUUUUUUGGCAAAUGUUAGAUCAAACGCCCUAGUCCAACUGCAAGAGACACUUUUGUUUGAUAUUUUAGGAGACUCAACUUUGAAGAUGCACAAUGUUGAUAAAGGAGUCGGUUUGUUAAAGACAAGGAUCCGAAAUAAAAAAGUUCUCUUAAUCCUUGAUGACGUGAGUCAUUCUAGCCAAUUACAGAACUUAGUUCCAUCCCUUGAUUGUUUUGGCAGGGGUAGUAGAAUUCUCAUAACGACAAGAGAUAAACGUUGUCUAACUGCUCAUAAAGUUGAUGAAGUAUACGAGGUCAAGAUGUUAAAUGAUCCUCAUGCUUUGGAGUUGUUUAGCUUGCAUGCAUUCAGAAGAAAUGGACCUCCAAGAGAUUAUUUGGAACUUGCACAAUGUGCAGUACACUAUGCCCAGGGCCUUCCAUUAGCUUUGAUAGUUUUAGGCUCUCAUCUAUUUCGUAGAAGCAGAGAGGAGUGGGAAGCUACAUUAAAUAGUUGUAGGGGAGAAGAUCCCCACAAAAAAAUUAGAGACGUUCUCAAAAUAAGUUAUGAUGCUUUGGGAGUAGAUUUAAAAGGAUAUUUUCUUGAUAUUGCUUGUUUCUUUAAAGGGCAGCAAGUAGAUAGUGUGAAACCAAUACUAGAAGCUUGCUACGACAUCAAAUCAGCGAAUGGUAUUGCACAACUCCAAGAAAAGGCCUUAAUAAGAAUUGAUAAAGAUGAGACUUGGAAUGGUGUUAGGAUUUGGAUGCAUGACUUGAUAGAAGAAAUGGGUAAAGACAUAGUAUAUCAAGAGUCUCCUGAUGAACCCGGGGAACGCAGCAGAGUGUGGAGUGAAGAAGAUUUCGACCACAUUGUAACAAAUAAUGCAGGAACAAAUAAAGUUAUAGGCAUUCAGGUCUCGUGGCGAUCAUCUACGAUAUCUUUGAAUGCUAAAAACUUCUCAGAAAUGAAGAAUCUUAGAUUUAUUUCUGUGUGUCAUAAAUUGAAAUAUGAAUCCUGGUCUGGAGAUAUUGAUUUUCUUUCAAACCAGUUGAGGUGGGUUGAUUGGCCUAAUAGUCCGUUGCAAUCUUUUCCAUCAGAUUUUUAUGCAAACAAACUUGUAGAGCUCAAUAUUCCUGACAGCCGCAGAAUUAGACGACUAUGGGAGGGACGUAAGAAUUUUUCAAGGCUAACACAUAUGAAUUUAAGCGGUUGUAGAUCCCUAACAGAACUCCCAGACUUCGGUGGAAUACAUAAUUUUUCAAGGCUAACACAUAUGAAUUUAAGUGGUUGUAGAUCUCUAACAAAACUUCGAGACUUUAGUGGAAUCCCUAACUUGAGAACAUUGGUUCUAUCAGGCACUUGCAUUAAAGAAUUUCAUCCAUCCAUUACAACACUUUUUGGGCUAGAAGAGUUGAUACUAAGAAAUUGUGAAAAUCUAACAUCUUUGCCGUAUAAUAUUUAUAAGUUGCACAAUCUAAAGUUUCUUAGGGCGAGUAAUUGCCCAAAACUUGCUACAUUUCCAGAAAUUCCAAUAAAGAUGGAUUCUUUGAGAGAACUUUAUCUACGAGGUAGUGACAUUAGAGAAUUGGGUAAGUCAAUUGGAAAUCUCCCUGAGCUUGAAGUGUUGGAUCUUAGUGAUUGCAAAAAUUUUACAACUCUACCGUGCAGCAUUUAUGAGUUGCAAAAUUUAAAGAGGCUUUCUCUUGGUGAAUGCUCAAAACUUGUUAGAUUUCCAACAAAUACCAAUAUAUUGAAUGUCGAUGGUUGCCCAUUAUCACUGCCCAAGCUACGUUGGUUCAAUAUCAGAGGAUGCAUUUUAUUAUCAGAUUGUGAUUUCCUCAUGACUCUUGAUUGCUGGGAAACAUUACACUUCCUUGAUCUGUCAAAUAACAACUUUAUCACUCUUCCUGCUUGCUUCACCAAAUUUGUCAACUUGUGGGGGCUUAACUUGUGGGGUUGCAAGAGACUCCGAGAAAUUCCGGAGCUUCCACCAAGAGUUCUCAUAGAGACAAGGGGUUGUGAAUUACUGGAGACAUUGUCGAAUUUGUCAAGUCCUGCAGUGUCACCGUCAAUCGAAGAUCAUCACCAAGAGGAACUAACUCCUUCCAAAACUCCGAACGACACCGCACCGCGAAAGAACCAUCGAUGGCAUCACCGGUUGAGUUGUCAUGGCUUUCUCUGUCAUGGGAACCGACGCUAAUGAUUCUUACAAAACGACAACACCAACUGAGUUCUCGUGGCGCAGUUGAAGGUUUGGGUAUGAGGCUGUUUAGAGGAUGGUGCAGGCCUGUCUCCAACAAGUAUCUGUCUUCAUCAAUACUGAUCCAUCUUGGGGACUAUAGAUUUUGCACUGGGAAAGAUUACAAACUCUGGCCAAGUUGGCUACAUGGUGAUUGCUGAUCUAGCGGAAUUUGAGAUGACCGCAAAUGAGCUAGAAGCAAAGAAGUUCUAGCCUGGCUUUGGCUAAGAAUCUUGCUUCAAGGUGAUGUGGCAGGUGUGUGCUGACCUUCUUGAGGAAGAAGGAAUUGGUUUUCAUUGUUUCUAAGGAUGGAAUUGAUACUUGAUCAUAAGUGGUGGUUGAUGAGGGUUUUCGGUCAUAAGGCAGGUGGCAUGAGUCUCUUUAGAGGCUGCUGCAGGAUUAGGCUCUUUCCAACAAGUAUUUCUAUUCAUCAAAACUGAUUAAUGGGUAAGGCCAAAUUCCCAGAACAAAUCCCAGCCCAUGUCUGCUUCAAUUGAAUCCCAACUACUGUUUCACCACCCUGUGACAUGCUUUGUUGUAGUCCGCAUUCAGAUCAGAAAGGGGCAGAUCUAUCUUUUUUUUUUUUUUUUUGAAUAGAAGUUGAUUUUUAUUCAAUAAUCAACAGCCAAUAGGCCAUAGCUUACAAACUUACAUAAGAAUUCCGGCAAGAAAAUCCGGGAAAACCUAUCCAAGCUAAAGCAAACUAAUUAACGUCAUUGGGAAGCUCACAAUUAAGCCAGCCUAUCCAAGAAUGACCAAGCUUCGCCUCGUACGGAAAGAAAACAUUCAACUAGCCCUCCCUUGUCAAUCACGCAAUUGUGGUACAAGGAAUGAACUAGAAACGUCAUAGAAGACUCAUAGAAACUUAAACAUCCUCACACAGGCUCAAACCCCUAGCCAGAAGAAUUAACCAAGAAAUAGCUCUUUCUCAUUCGAGUUGGAGCAUAAAUCCACACCUGCUUUAUUACCUUCCGCUUUUGGAGAUAACAUACGUUUUGCUCGGCGUACAUACGGACGACCCUUCUUCUUUUGAGCUGUCCCCAUCGAAAUUGGAACCUCCACCAACUCACCAAGGUGAAAUUCCGGAGGUAUAAAUGCCAAACUAGGUUUAAACACCUUCUUUCUCACACCCAAACCCAAUUUUGGGUUUUUCCCAGCAGCAAGCCCAACAGAAAGCCCAUUAGACCCCUCAUCCGGCCCAAAAGACUGUAGCCCAGAUUGCAUCCUAGUCAAACCUGCGGUCAACCCUAAUUCAAAAUUAGGGUUUCCCGCAGGUUUUUCCAGAACUGCAGCUGCACUGCUUGCAGCCCCCGACGCCGGUCCACCCUCAGCCACCACAG